AUGGCCAACCUGAUAGAGGAAGAAAUAAAAAAUGUAAUCAAUGACAUUUACGUGCCCACCAUUCUUAUUGACAGUAGCCGAAUUGCAAAAAGGGAAAUAUCUUUUUUUCUGGGUAUUAGUGUAAAUGAUUUGUUUCAACCGUUCGGUACAUCCGAUAGUUGGAUAAAUGAAGAAAAAGAAAAGGUAGACUUAAAAUUGAAUGUAAGCAUAAAUUUAAAUUAUCUAAGUAAACAUAAUACCAUAUGUGAAAAAGUAAUUGAGAACAAAAAUUUUAAAGUUCGCUUUAUUAAUUCAGAUGAAUAUAAAGACAUCAAAUUGGACUAUUUAGAUAAAAUACUAAUUGACACCAUAACAUAUAAUGAACCUCAAUAUAACGAUAUUUACAAUGAAGGAAGUUUAAAUACAUAUUUUAAAAAAAAUUAUAAGGACAAUAUAGUUUCGAAUAAAAAUUAUUUUUACUACUUAUGUGCAAAUUCGAGUAUAUUAAAUAAUGAGAUAAAAAAAGCUGUUUUAAAAAAUGAAAGGAAUAUAACUAAAAAAGUUAAAAAUGUGUAUAAUGAAAAAUUUGUAAAUGGGGAGGGUAGUAGUGAUGCGCACAUUUUCCCAAGUGAGGAAUGGAUACAAGGAGUGGUAUCACCCCUUGGAAAUUCUGCUCGUCAGGAGAAGCAGCAUAUUAGUCGUAUUGAUCAUAUUGACCAUAAUGGAGAUACAGGCUAUACAGGCAGUACUGACGAAAUGGAUGAUAGAGGUGCGAAUAACAGCUCAACCUAUAGGGCAAAUUAUGGGGAGAGCUAUUUUAGUAGUAAGGUCAAAUACAUCGAUCAUAUCCAGAAAUACAAUGCUUUCUUCCUUCCCUGGUUCAAUACUUACCUUAAAACAUCGUGGAGGUAUAUGCACCUAUACAACAACUCGUCUUGUUCAACGUUGGGCAUAAUAUACAUUUGCAGCACGAGGGACAGCAACGUGAUUGAGCUGUAUAAAUGUAUGAUAAAAAAUAAUAUUCAAAAUGGUAAUAGUAAUAGUAAUGUUAACAGUGGAAAUAAUAAUACAAGCAGUAAUAUUAGUAGUAAUAUUAACAGUGGCAAUCAUAAUAGAGACAUUAACAGUUGUAUUAGUUGUGGCAUUAGCAGUGCUAAUGCACACGCGAACUCAAACAUCCCCAAGGGUAUUAUACUCCUGCACAUAUCAAAUAACAGUGAUGAUGACAUAGAAACAGAUGUUCAGAAAUUAUUUGUAAAUAUCCAGUCAACAUUUUUAAAUUAUAAGUGUCAUUUGCUUAUUAUUAAAGCACAUAGAUUCCUCAAUGCAGAUAAAACAUGUGAAAUGAAUGCGGUACAUAUGGACCAGCAACCACACAACAAAGUACGCAUUGUACAUAGAGGAAAAAAUGAUACAAACGAUAACCAAUCAAAGUUUUUACAUAAAGAAAAGAAGAACGAAGGAAUGAAUUAUAACAACAAUAAAAGUAACAUCAUCUUGAACGUGAGUGGUCUUACCACGCAAGGUAAUGAAUACCAAAACGAAAGGGUAACUACUCAGCAAACAUAUGAAGAGGGAAAGAACUUGCAAAUAAAUGGUAUUCAUAACACAUGUGAUGAUAGCGCUGCGGCUUCCUCUGAUGCUGCUGCUACUGCCAUUGCUGCCACUGCCAUUGCUUCUACUGCCAUUGCUUCUACUGCCAUUGCUGCUACUACUACUAAUGAUGAUGAUGAUAAACUAUGUAGCUCGAAGGACAGAUUACCAUAUAAUGAAAAAUCAUUAACAUAUACAGAUAUAAAUAUUUCAAGCAGAAAAAAUAAAGAUAAUUGGUUAAAUGAUAAAAAACAGUACUUAUUAAAUAAUAUACAAAAGCUUUACGUAAAUCAUCUGAGCAUGCAUCUUAAAGAUCUAAUGGAUGGAAAUAUAAGAAUUGCAAAAAACUCAAAUGACAUCGAACACAGUAAACAAAUAAAAAAAAGUUUAUCUACUAAUUUUAACAAAAUUUACGAUUAUAUAAUAUCGGAUGAGGUAAUUUAUAUUAGUAAAAGAAUGCCACUAUAUAUUGAUGAAACAUAUUUUUGUUGUUGCUUAGAUAGUGUCGAUAUUAUAUCUUUGAAAAUGUUUAUACAUAACUUUAUUAAGACAUGUGUUAUUCCAUAUAUUACUACAUUAACAUAUGAUAUAAAUAAUUUAAUUCUUAAUAAUAAAAAAAGCUUAAGGAAUCAGCUUAAAUUUAUGUGGAGAAAAACGAAAUUUAAUUUCACUUCCUCUGAUGCUGCAUUGUUUGUUGCUGAACAGACAAGUAAUGUUCUUUUGAAUGUAGCACAAAAUGUGUUAUUGUCUAACAAUGAUACAAAUAAUGAAAAUCCUCCUUUAAAAGAUAGAAUUAAUACAAAUAUACUUAAUCAAGAAAAAGAAGGAAUCUAUGAGGAGCACAAGGUAUCAUUACAAGGAACUGCAUCAUCGGCUGAACGUGAUAAUGCAGAAAGGAACUUCGGUAAAGGGGAUUCACUACAAAUGCUAUGGAAACCUGCAAAUAGUAGCACGUCCAGCACAGCAGAUGCUGCAAGCAGUUCCGCUGCCAUUACCUCCAACAAUACUGUUAGCAGUUCCGCUGCCAUUACCUCCAACAAUACUGUUAGCAGUUCCGCUGCCAUUACCUCCAACAAUACUGUUCACAGUUCCGCUGCCAUUACCUCCAACAAUACUAUUAACAGUUCCUCUAACAGUACCGUUUCCAUUAUCGCCAACAAUGCGGGUGACGCAAAACUUUGCAACAGGGAUUCCCUUGAAUGGAUGUACAAAACGCUGAGUGACGUUUAUUUCAUUCUGAACGAAUACGAGUUGUCAUAUAACAUUUUAAAAAUUUGUAUAAAUGAGUUUAAGCAUGACAAACUGUAUUUUUAUCUAGGUAAUAUUUAUGAAUUAAUUAGUUUGUGUAUUUAUAAUAUGGAUACUAUCAACAAAAAGGACUCCUUAUAUUACCUAGAUCUGAGUUAUCAAAUGUAUUAUAAGUGUUACUACCUAAAUAAUAUGUUUGUAUGUUCAAUUUUAAAUUAUUACUUGUCUCUUAUUUAUGAUGAAAAUAGUGAAACUUGUAUAAAUAUUCUUAUUAACGCGAAUGUAGACUUCUCAUGUGUGGAAGAAAAACUAACGAGUGAAAAUAAGUUAACAAAAUUGUCCUUUCAAAUUAAUAAUAUUAGAUCAGGAUUGCUAUUGGAACAAAUUACAUAUAGCUAUAAAAAAAAAAAAAAAAAAGGAAAAUAUUACACAAAAGAGAUCAAAUACAUGAAGCAACUCAAUAACAGUUACAACAAAUUAAUAACUAACAUUGUAAAUAAAAAUGGUAGUAGCUAUAUUUCUGAAAAGGAGGAAAAGACGGAAGAAGCAAAUAUUAAUAAUGAUACAUCAUCUGUGGAAGAAAAAAAAAAAAAAAAAAAAAAAAAAAAAAAUCUGAACACGCAAGGGGAAAAUAGUACCAUUUUUAUGAACAGUCAUAAUGUUGCAAAUAAAAAUGACACGAUAAACUCGGAUGCACUAACUGACAACAGUAUUGACACCGACUGUGCUGUAAACAACAAAAUAACUGUUAAUGAUAAUUUUUACAUUACCGCCACUUCUAGUAAUAAUAAUACUAAAGGGCACAUAUGCCGAAGCGACAGCACGAGUAACAACGAUUUUAAAAGAACAAGUACAGAAAAGAGCAACAGUGGCACGUGUGCAGGUGGGGAAAAAUAUAAUGAACAGGGGAAUACAGAGUAUAUGAAGAAAAAUGACAGAGAGGGAAAAAAAAGCGUCCGCGGAAAUAGCAACAUCUUAGAAAGCGCAAACAGUAAGGAAGAAAAUAGCGACAGUGAUAGUCAUUUUUUUCUGCAAAAAAAUAAUUAUAAAUAUAGAAAGUAUUUGUUCGAAAUGACCUUAGCUGGUCAUACUUUUAACAAAUGCGGUUUUAAAAAAUUAGCUUUAUUUUGUUAUUCGAAAGUGCUAAAAAAAUAUGAAAAAAAAAAAAUGAAACAUAUAUAUGAGCAUUUACAUUUUAUGAUGGCCCGACAAGCCUUUAGUAUCAAUCUGUACUAUGAGGCAUUAAAUCAUUACAUUUGCAUUUUAAAUUCUAUAUCCAAAAAUUAUGAACAGUCAUACGUUUUAAAUAAAAAUGUAGACAUUUAUUGCGCUUCUCCUGACAAGGAAAUAAAUUUCAUAAGGGAAUUUGCUUAUGUUUAUAAAAUAUACGUUGACAAAGUUUUGAACAUAUUUUUGAGAAAGAACAAGGGGAAGCCAGUCCAUGCAGGGGAUUGUAGCAAUGAGAAUAGCUCCAAAAAUGGCAAUCAAAACGGCGAUGAAAGUAACGUCAAAAAUGGGGAUGAAAAUUGCUGUAAAAAUGAUUGCCAUAAUGAUACGGAAAAGCCGAACUGUUCAUGGCAAAAAAAAGGCGAGAGCGAUACGCACGAACAAGUAAAUAGGAUGCAUUAUUUUAAUGAGGACAACUCGGAAGAUGUAAUAAAACCACUAAAUUUAAAAAUCCCGUUAAUUCGUUUGAGAAAUAAUGAAAGUUUAUUUACCAAUUCUGUUUGCAUUUCCCAAACAAACAUAUAUAAUUAUGACAAAAUGAAUGAUAUAAAUUAUUUUGAUAUAUUUGAAAAUAAUUUAUUUAAAAUAAAAAAAUAUGAUACCACUUUGCUUGAUAUGUAUAAUAUUAUGAUGAAAGACAUAAACGAUUUAUCUAUGGUAAAUUUUCAUGAAAUUCAUUACUUAUAUAUAUCGUACAAAAAAUUUAUCAAUAGUGUGUACAAUGAUUGUAUAGACUUACUUACUAGUGACGUAAUAGUUGUAGAUGAAAAUAAAAUAGAUUGUAAAGCGGUUGACCCAAUUGGAAGUGGUAAGGUCGGGGAAAGCGGCAAUAUAACAGAAAGCAGUAUUCGAAAGGAAGAAACAAUCAUAAAUUGUAAAACCGAUGAAGUGAAAAAAUCAUCAAGUGACAUUUCUGCAAAAGAGUUCAUAAAAUCAAUUAAGGUAUCACCAUAUGUAAGUUUGGAAAAUAAAAAUGCAUUCACUACUUAUGUAAGGGAGUUUAAAGAAAAAUUGGUAAACAGCUUACAGUUUAAUAAUAAUAUACAAAUUAAAAAUAUAUAUCAAAAAGGUACAGAUAAAGAGGAAAUUAAAAUUAACAAUAAGUUCAUUCAGUAUGUUUCAAAAAAUGAUUACAUAUUUGUAACGUUUAAGCUGAUCAAUCCAUUACACACAAAAGUUGAAUGUCAGAGUACUCAUAUCUGCGCAUACUAUUACAAUGAAAAUAUGAACAAGAACAUUUUAGUUGAAAAAAAAAUUAUUAUUUUAGAAGCUAGACAAUCAAAAACAUUUACAUUGUAUAUUAAACCAUUGAAAAGGGGUUUGCUCUUUGUAUCAGGCGUGAUGUGGCACCUGUUCGGCCUAGUCAAAACUUACCAGAGUUUUUACACGCACGGUUUGAAGAAGCUGAGCAAAAAGUUCGAUGACCUUCAUUUCCUUAAAUACGAUGGUAUAAGUAACUGUGAUAAUAAUGUGGAAAAAAAGGAAAAUUUGAAAAAAUUAAAUAGACAGAUGAAUACUUUUACAUGGUCAAAUAAUAUAGGUAUGAUAAAUAAGAAAAGUUUAAAGAAAAUAAAACAAUAUGACAUUGAUCAUCGAUUGGUAUUAUAUGUGUAUGAUAGAACAUAUUCUCUAUCAUUUGAAUUUGAAAAUAUUUACUCGAAUGAAAGAAAAGAGAUAAGUAGCUACGAAGUAGACAUGAUUGAAUUAUUGGAAGGGGAAAAAAUGGAGAUGACUUUUAAAAUUGUUAAUCAUUCAACUAUACCUGUUAAUUAUAUAAGCAUAUGCAUCACUCCAUGUAGCCUUUUUAGCUGUUAUAAGGUAGUGCACAAUGGGGACGAGUAUAUAUUAAAUGAUGACAAUGAAAGGAUUGAUAGAAAUUAUGGAUGGAGAAGUAAGAAAAAUAAGGAGCAAUAUUCCAACAGUGAGGAACAAAUUAGAAAAUAUUCGCCUGAAUAUAUUAAUUACAAAUUUGAGGAAGCAAAUAAUCCAAAAAAUAAUGAUACAAAAAAAGGAUAUCUCUUUAUAGAGAACGACAUGUACUAUGACAAAUUUGUUGAUAAGAACACGAGUGUAUUUAAACAAAAAUUUAAAAAUAAAAAUAUUCAAAAUGUUAAAAUUAAUGGGAACGUUAAAAAGAACGAUGUGUUUUAUUUACAUAUUAGUGUUAACUCCGCUCACAUAGGAUUGCACAGAUGUAUUAUAACAACUUUAUGCAAAUAUAAAAACGAUAUAAUAAAAAAGAUUGAGGGAGAAGACACAGAUGAUGAUAAUAAUGUAACACCAUAUUCUGGUAUGUUAAGGGAAAAGAAAGAAAAAUGCUACUUAUUCUUAAGACUAAUGCAUGUCAUUCCUUUAAUUAAAUUAAAAGUAUAUCAUCCAUUAAAUAGCUGCAAAAGGAAUAACACAUUUAUGUAUAUUUUCUUUCAAAAUUUGUGUAAAAGAGAAAUUUAUCUAUUUGAUCUAUUUCUUGAGCACAAAAAAGAAAAAAAUAGUGGUGAUUUGGCAAAAUGGGAAACAUGUCCUUAUAGAACUACACAUAACAAAUUUAGUAAGAUUAAAUUAUUUAACUGUUAUUUGUCAGAAUUUUUUUUUUUAAAAAAAAAUGAAAAUCUGACGUCACUCGUAUAUACAAAAAAUGCAUUGCAAGAAGAUAUUUCUUCUUUUUACGUUCACAUUAAUUGGUUUUCAAAAGAUGUCAAAUGGAUAAGAAGGGGAUCUUUAAAAAAACAAAUCCAUCUUACCAAUGAUGUUUUAACCUUCUCAAUCGAUGAAAUUAAUAAGGAUAUAUAUAUGAAUAAUCAAAAAGAGCAUAUUGUACAAAUUGCAAUAAAUAUACAGAACAAUUCAGAUAUAGACCUUACAAAUUGUUAUGUACAAGCUAAGGAGUUGGAAGCAUUGAAUUCAUCCCUUCACUUAGGAAAUGAUAAUGAUGAUGAUGAUGAUGAAACUACAAAUGAAAUGAGUCAACAACAUUUUAUAGAUUACAAAUACGAAAGUGAAGAUACAUAUUUUAAUAAUGUUGAUACAAAUAACUUUAGCGGCUUAGCAGAGGUUAAUAAUCAUUCCUUUAAUGAACAAAAUUUUUUUUCAUUAAAUGGUGAUAUCAUAAAUUCGUUAAAUUAUGACGAUACAGAAUUGCACAUUAAUAGAAAGAGCUCAAAUAACAGUAGCAACAAAGAAGUAAUAGUUGACCUUAAUAAUAUGUAUGAUGAUAAUUAUAGUGAUACAAAGAAAGAAGAAAAGGAAAAGGAAAAAACAAUUGCGUGCUUUUCCUACAAAACAGCUUUUAAUGAUGAGAUAAAUAUUGCAGAAACGAAUUUAAAGAAAAAAAUGUAUUUGUCGAAUUUCACACCCAUAACGGCAAGUUAUAAGUGCAACGAAAAUUUUGAAAUUGCCUUUUUCGAAGAUCCAUCUUUGAGUGAGCACCCAAGUGACAGUGUUAUCACUAUGGCAGCGUCUAUUUCGGCUGCCACUGCUGCUGCUGCUACCACUACAAACGGAUUGACUGAAAAUAGACAAUUUAAGGAAAAUUGUGAAUCCUUUAAUUCUCUUGAAAAGGGGAGCGUACGUAUAAGCAAAGAAGCGAAGAGGUUUCAAGAAAUUGUCAAGUAUAAUACAUAUAUCAACUAUGGCAAUUUUAAUUCCUUCGUUCGACUAAAAAAUGAUACAUUAGAAAACGAGAAGCAAAAUAAAACAACUGAAAAUUUCGUUGCAUUAAAUGGCUUUUUAUUUAUAGGAAUAGUACAAAAAUUUAUAAAAAAAUUAAAGAAACAUCAGAGCAAAAAAAUACACUUUAACAUUCUUUUUAAUAAAGAAGGAAUUUAUAAUAUUAAUAGAUUUCAUGUUAUUUUUGAAUGUCAUAAUGAAAUGUUUAUAUUCAAACCGUUAAAUCAGUUAAUUGUACACGUACACAGAUGA